CCCAAGCCGGGGCGAAGGCGGACAUUUCAAGUUGCCAUAGACGCUUCAGCUUCCCCUCCCAGGGACUGAGGGCGGCUGCCGAUGUCCCGGGACGGACCGCCAAUGCGGGCGGGAUGGAUCUUUGCGGCGAGUUAAAGGAUGUAGCACCCUUAUGGCGGACUCAUCAAGUGAUUCAGACACGCACCUUCAUAACUUUUGCAGGCAGCGAGGACCAUUGAGGCGAGCAACUAAGGGAAGGAGCAGAAUGCACAAUACUGGUGAUGUGUCUGAAAAAAUAGAUGCAUUAGCAAGCACUUUACAGGAUACCAGUCGAGACCUAACGAAUGUUGAUCGGAUGCUUGGACGUUAUAGAGGCUAUUCCAAUGAGCAAAUGGAGACAGUGGCACAGCUACGAGAUGAUUUGGAACAAUCCAUUGAUGAGUUGCGAAGUCAGCGAUUGAGCAGACAAGCUGGACAUUCAAUUCCUUCUCUUCGCACAAGUGACCUUCAAGAUAACUCGGCAACAAACAGUCAUCGGUACCGUCCUACCUCACCUCUCAGGGACUCCGGGGUGUACCUAGGAAUGGAUCGCAGAAGGUCCAGAUCUGCAACUGUGAGAUUUGUAGAUGACCUGGAGCCAUUAAAUCACGUACAUACCUUGCACAGGUCACUACGAGAUCUAAGGAGCGACCAGUUACGCCUUGGACAGGAAUUUGAUGAGGAAGUAGCAAAACGGAAUAGGACCGAUGUGGAGACUCGAAAAGCUGUGAACUCUAUAUCAGAGAAACUCCGAGACAUGUCCGGGACAGAAACGAUUUCAGAGAGGGUUGAAAGACGCCUACAAGAAAUUGAAAAGGAAAUGAGAACUGAAAGACAAUUGGCAGAACGUCGUGAAGACCAGCUAGGACACAUGGCUGUACAACUGAAAGAGGAGUUGAGAAAACGCAAUGAUAAAGUUAAUGAAACGGAAGAAAUGAAGAAUAAACUUUCCAGAUCCGAAGAUGACAAGUCCCUGAUUGAACAAGAGCUUGAUCGUACUCGCCGGAAGUUGGAUCAAUCAGAAGGAAGCCGAGAGACACUCGCCCGUCAGAUAGAUGAUUUGCGCUCUCAACUGUUGAAGACUGAACAAGAACGAGCAACCUUGCAACACAGGAUUUUAGAAUCACAGCAGAGAAGUUAUCUACUUGAGGAGGAUAGCAGACUGAAUCAAGGAGUGGCUGGGAGGUCAGAGCAUGAAAAGCAGUUGUUGGAGAAGCAGAUUUUGGAGCUCCGAGCGCAGCUGAAUUGUAAUACUGUGCUUUCUGAGGUGGAAGAGCUGAAACGGUCCCUUGAGAGAAAAGACAAGGAGAAAUCUAAACUUUCUGCACGUAUUGAGGUUCUCAACUCUGAUCUAGAGAAAAGAGAGAAGCAGCAACUCAGGAUGUUGAACCAGCUCCAGGAAAUCCAGAACUGUUAUGAUGACUGUGUGCAAGAUCGUAAAUCUGCAGAUUUGGAGAUUGUGGAUCUAGCCCGCCAACUGAAGGAGUCUAGUGUGGAAGCUGACAGAUGCAGGGCUCAGUUGAAAGAAGUUGAACACCUUCGACUGGAGAGUGAAAAGAAGAAAGAUGAAUUGAAGAUAAAAGCUCAGGAGUCCAUCAGACAGUGGAAAAUCAAAUGCAGGAAGUUGGAACGUGAUUUGGAAAAGCAGAAGGAGAAUAUUAAUCAUUGGAUGGAGCAGCACAACCAGGCAUGUAAAGAGAAAGAAGCACUCCAGGGUCAGCAUUCUGUGGCCUUGCAUCAGAUAGAGAGCCUCCGUAAGGAACUCAACGAUGUCAUACUCAAACGGGCGCAGCAGGAGGAAGAUAUGCGACGGAAGGAUGUGGAGCUCAAUGAGUUGAAGUCAGAGUUGUUGGACUUGGAUGGAAAACUGCAUGACUCUAAGGAGUGUUUCAGCAAAUUAGAAGUUGACUUACAUGAGCAGUGUGUGUUGCACGUUCGGACCAAAGAGGAGAAACAGCACCUGGAGAAUGAGUUGAUGGCCUUAAAGAGGCAGAAUGAAAAGAGUCAGGAGAAGCUAUUAGAAACGCAGCGAAUGAUCUCUGAGCUAAGUGCCAUUCGAUCUGAGCUCAGUGAUAAACUAGCUCAGGAAGAGAUAUCCAGUAAAGAGAUUAGAAAGAGCAUCUCAGAAGCUCAGGCAAAACAGACGUUAGCCCAAGAGGAACUUGCUUCCCUGAACAGCCAAUUGAAGUCAGAGAGGGAUGCACACCAACAAGAACUUGCAGGCAUCAGAUUAGAGAUGCAGACCUUAAGAAAUAAACAUGAAAAGAAUAUGCAGGAAGCACUCAAAAAUUUCCAACAAGAGCGGGAUAAAUUAGAGAAUAACCUAAGUGAGUUAAAGGCUGAGCUGGCAAAUGACAAGAGUUUGGCAAAAGCACAACGACGCCAGGUGGAAAAGGUCAAAACAGAAUGUAACAAACUGACGGAAGAGCUACUUCAGGGUGAGGCGGAAAAUACCAAGCUCAGGAGGAAGUACCAUUUGCUGAAGCAAGAACUGGAAGAAAAGGGUAAGCUGGCUGUUAAUGGAGAAGAAUCUGUGAGACAGUUGGAGCAAGUGACAUUUCAACUUAACGAUCAAAUCAGAAGAGUCCAAACAGAGCAAGAGACAAUCCUUUGUUCUGUGGGAAAAGAAAUUGAUGCUGCGUGUGAUUUCCUCUCCAGGGAUCCUGGUGACAAGUUCAAAGCAAUAACGCUUACACAUGGAUUAGAAAACGAUCCCCAUCGCUGGCUGGCUGAAGUGAAGACCAAGCUACAGUGGCUAUGUGAAGAAGUGAAGGAACGAGAAGGACGAGAGCUCAAACUACGAUACCAUCUCCGACAGUGUCGUGGGCAGUUGAAGGAGCUCCUACAAGACAAGGAGUCAGAGAGCCAGCUUUUCAUAGAGCAAAUCACAAAACAAGAACAUCUCCUUGAGGAAAUACACAGGGAAAAAAGAGAAUUACUGCAAAAAGUAUGUCAGAAGGAUGAAGAGAUGAGAGCAUUGCAGGUACGAUAUGACGAUAGGAUUGCGGACUUAGAAAGUAGCACGCGGAUGGCUUUGGACCAUCUUGAAUCAGUGCCAGAGAGGUUGAGUAUCCUAGAUGGCAUCCAGGAUUUGGAGGAUUCCCAGCGUCACCGAGAGAUGAUAGAAGAAAGAUACUCCAAGUACAAAGAGAUAGUGACUUCCCUGCAGCAGCAGCUGCGAGAUUCAACAAGGAUGAUUCAAAAAUAUCAGCAGCAGACAACAGCAGCAGAUGCAGAAAUCUGCCUUCCAGAAAGGGAGAUGCAAGCCAAGGACGAGAGCUCAGCAGGGCUACUAAUGGAAGAAAGUCUCCUGCAGAAAAAGACAAGUAUUAGGCCAUAAAGUCCGAAUGACAUUGUGUGCUUUUCCAGCAGCUUUAGUGGAUGUCAAAUUUACCUUGUACUGAGCAGGGCGGCUGAGAGCAUUUACUGAAAUGUGUUCCCAUCCAUUAUGUGUGAGAUAGCAGCAGGCACUCCACUUUCCUUUAAAAACGGUCUUUUCAAUUUAUUUUCUUUGUAUUUACCAACACCAAAAGUGUGUGCUGUCAUUAAUAUUGGAAAGAGUACAAGUCAGUUUAUUAGGGAUUAUCAGUGAUGGGCAAUAAUUGCUGUCUCAGCCAGCGACUCCCACAUUCCAUGAAUGAAUAUUUUUUCUAAAGGCUGUAAAACCCUCCAUUUGCAUUAGUUCCAUCCUGUGCAGUUCAUGGAAGAGCAUGUUAGCUCAGUAAUGGCCAGAGGUUCUUGGUUUCAGACAUUCAACGUAUCUUUAAAAAUGAUCCCUUAGAGCAAUUUAAAAGCAGAGAUAAUCUGUUAGAAGGGUCUGUUCUGCAGCAUUAGAUCUAUCUUGUUCAUUGAAGAUAACAUAAGGAACUGGGCUGAGGUUCGAGGCUGGAAGAACAGAAUGAUGCCCCUUAUCUCUCUCUGUAUUUGCUCCUUUUUGUGAGGAGGGCCAUUAUUUUGACACUUUCCCUCAAUGAAGCAGCAAACUGGGACAUCUGCCAGCCUUGUGCGAAAGAGGUACCCUCCAUUCCUCUGCUGUUAUCCUGUUUGCUUUAAAGCAUUCGGUUUUACUAAAACAAAGAAAUUUCUAAAACUCUUCAAGUAAAUGAAAGUUUUGCUCAGGCAGAACCACAACUGACUAUAGGAGUGUCAGCCUAGGAACAUUUCCAAAUGCCCCACUCUUGUUUAUAUGUCAGAAGCCCACAGAGGAAGUUAUUUGUUAGAGCUCUAAUUUAACACAAACAGAAAUUGCUAGAAAAUCUCAGCAGGUCUGGCAGCAUUUGUGGAGAGAAAUUAGAGUUAACGUUCCUUGUUCUGAGGAUGGGUCACGUGACCCGAAACGUUUACCCUGAUUUCUUUCCACAGAUGCUGCCAGACCUGCUGAGAUUUUCCAGGAGUUUCUGUUUUUGUUUCAGAUUUCGAGCAUCUGCAGUUCUUUUGGGUUUUUUUCUCUAACAACAAUAUUGCAAUUCAUUGGGGUAACACCUCACAAAUGUACUUCUGUCCUCUCUUUCGAACCCUUCAAAAAUGAAAGGGUUUGGUUGCCAUUUUUGAAGCAAAAAUGAAUGCGAUGGUGGGAGCAGACGGGCAUACUAUCAGCCUGAUUUUCAUGAUGUUGUGGAGACAGCCUUGGAAGCAUGUGGGGCCUCGAAAAUGGGGAGAAAGCUUUGAUAAGACAGUUCCCUCAUGUAGCUGACUCGUGUCCUAGACUACUACACAAACACAAGUGGCUGGUAUGUUCUCCAUAGCCAUGCUGUGCUUCAACUCAGUAAUGCUCACCUCUCCUCCAACAAGUGCCUUCUCUUCAGAGAUUAUCCAUACAGCUCAAAAAUAAGAAAGUUGUGGUGAAACUUUUAUUUAAAAACUGCUUCAGCCUCAAUUAACAGCCACCAUGCUUUAGGAAGGAUGUGAAGGUGUUGGAGAGGAUUAAGAAGAGAUUUACAAGAAUUGUUACAAAGGUGAAGGACUUCAUUUGGAGGAGGUGGGACUGUUCGCCUGGAAGGUUGAGGGGUACUUUGAUAGAGGUGUCCCAAAUCAUAUGGCAUCUGGACAGAGAGUAGAUAGGGAGAAACUGUUUCUGUUAGCAGAAGAAUCAAGAUCCAGAGGACAUCAAAUUGGAAUGAUUGGUUAAAGAACCGAAGGCAAUAUGAAGAAAAAAAAACAUUCUUACACAGUGAGUGGUUAGAUCUGGAAUGCAUGCUGAGAUAGAACAUAGAACAGUACAGCACAGUACAGGCCCUUCGGCCCGCAAUGUUGUGCCGACCUAUUAUCCUACUAAGAUCAAACUACCCUGCAUACCCUACAUUAUACUAUCAUCCAUGCGCCUAGCGAAGAGUCAUUUAAAAGUCUCUAAAGUAUCUGACAAAUGAUGAUGAGCUCAGUGGAGCUAUGGGCUGCUGUUGGAGCAGGGGACCUCAUGCUCCAGCGACAGGGCCGUGAGCAGGCAAGGCUACUCUCUCAGCCCAAACCGCUACUUGCAGAAGAGCUUCCCUUCUGUUCUGAUAUACAAGAUUACCUCUGGACCUCUUGAUUUGUGUUUCUACAUCUCUGAGGGCACAUCCAGGAAGAUUGCACCACUGGGUUUUGCACUCGCAUGUUGGGUUCAGACUCCACAUGGACCUGCUAUCAGGGUCCAAAAGCCUGCAGUCAAAUCCAGCCCUUUAUUUAGCUUUGUAUUGUCUAAUAAGAUUAGGCAGAUGAGGGUCUGAAAAGGUUGAAUAAAUUAGGUGCACAAAAUUCAGUAUGGUCCUUAGCAGAGGUAAGAUCUUGUUCCUUCUCCUUAUCCUAUAAUCUUCCCAAUUGGUUCAACAAUGUGCUGUAAGUGCUAGAUUUUGGCCUUGCUAACUUAACCCAGCCACGUACAGCCCUCAUGAAUGAGCCUCAGUCAUUCUGCACAUCGCUGUGAAUUGCAGAAAUGUCAGUCACUUACAGCUUCAGGCUUUAUUAACCUCUUAGUCGAUCCUCACAUCAGUCGUUGGGUCGGACCUUAUUUUUGACGAUACUUGGAGAAGAGAGGCUCUGCUUCAGACUCGUAGGUAAAAAUCAUGGAGGCUGCAGUCAAUUUCAAAAGAUGAUGAACUUUGCAGUUCCUGGAACACCAAAGUCAUUAUGUUUACAGGAUUCCAUACAUCUCAGAAGGUGUAAUUCUGAUAUCCGUUUAGGUUUAUUUAGCUGUUUGGAGGAGACUGUAGCUGUCUCACUGCAUUAAGUACACAGAGUCUCUUCAGUCUCAUGUGGUUCUUCAGAAAUCUUGCACUUAAAUGCCCCAAUGGGGAAACAAACUAAAAGAUGCAGCAACUGGGGAGAAGGGUGUUCAGCUGCUGCAUGCACCAAAUGUCCGAAGAAAUUGGAGGAGAAUCAGUUUGAGUGAAGCAGCGUUUUUCACAACCCUGACAUUAAGGAAACAGGAUGUCUGGAGCUGGCCUACAGAGAUUGAGGCCACUCUUUGGUUUUCCAUUGAUCAUUAAAGUGCCUUGUACAAUACUGAAUUCGAAUGAUUGACUGACUUCUUUUAUACAAUCAUUGUCUUCCUAACACAAUAUCCUCAGGUAGGCAAACCAGAGAUAGUUUUUGUGACAUUUAGAAAUUUUUGCUAACCCAAUAGCUCAGGUGGAGCAUCAAUCAUUUAGUUCCAAAUCAGCUGGGUUGCCUAUUGUCAUAUAAUAUUGGAAGGCAAUAGCAAAAUAAGGUACACUGUUCUAUUUAAUGUAAACUGACAGUUGAUUGCUAAUUAAUGCAUUAUUCAUCCCAGCAAAGACUUUUCAAUAUAUUAAAUGAGUCAUACUGAUACUAUCAAGCAGUGAAACUCAGCUGGACAAGACUAGUAUCUAUCAUUUUCCAGGAUUUCCAGCUCCCAAUAGAUAAAAUGAUUAUCCAUUCUCACAGUAUUCAUAGUCACUCAAGAAAUUAACUAAUUUGCCAAAAACUCACUUCCUACUUCUAUUAAUUAGGCUUCCUUAUGGUACCGUACUUGCAUACAGUGUCUACAUGAUCAUUGAAGCCAAAAAAGCUCAAGAGGUAAUUCCUUUCCAAUGUUUCAUUUCACCGGCCUCAAUGAGUAUCUUGUGCACCAGUCCAAAAGUUUAGUAAUGCUUUACUCAAAGCAUUUUCUGAGGUAUCAUUGGGUUGUUGUUUCAAGUCCGUACUUUUUACAGUUCUGAUGGCCGUAGUAGUGCAAGUAUGGGAACAGAUUAUCCAACUUGUAUUUAGCCUCAUCUUGUGCCGCAAAUUGUUUAGACCUUCUGUGCUGGACCAGCAUUUUCCACACUCUAAUUCUGUGUGAGAUCCUAAUACAAGAUUGCUGGAAAGUGUUGCUGCUGAGCUCUGACUCCAAGGUCUGAAGAGAUAUUUGUUGCCAUUCUCUCUGGCAGUACCACAUUAUAGUGGCACAGGCGCAGAGCCAAGACAUAGAAUAUUCAGUGUGCUGGUCUUUCAUGUAUAUUCACCCUUCCAGUGAGUUGGAGAGCUGAGGGCUGAGCUGCCCAUUCUGGUAGACCAGGUGGACAUUAAUGACCCCUCUGACACAUUUUGAAGAGGAGAUAUUUCCAAGCCCUGGUCAGAAUUCAUCCCUCAACUAAUGCCUUAAAAAAAUAUAACAGCCUUAUGUCAUGGAGGUGGGCUGGUACAUCUUCACAGUUGUACUUUGCAUAAUCUUGUGUGAUUUGUGCUUUGAGAGAUCUUCAUGCGGUUAGACACCAUAUAGAUGUAAAAAUCUAUUUAUUUACCUACCACAUAACUUGCAUUUUACAUGACAAAGUAUUUAAAUUGAUCUUUGGUGCAGAAUUUGAAGAGUCAAGUGCACAGAAAUAUAACUGUUUUAUUUUCUGUCUUAAAUGAGUUGGACAUCCUGAUAUAAUUCUUCAUGGAUUUAUUUGGAUUGAGCUGUAAUAUGCCAGUCAGGUUAUUUACAGUGUAUUUGACUUGCCGUUUGAAUAAAAUCACUGUGCAGAUUGAUUUAGUGAUUGUUGGA